AUGGACCUACCAACAGGAUCCUCGGAAGCACCAGAACGCGCGGUCUCUUCAGAGCCUAGCUCAACGAGACCGAACCCCUUCACCGACGGCGACGGUUCUUCUAGGAAACGACGCCGAACCUCUAUGUCUGGUGGCUCCCGGAGCCUCUCUGUCGACAGCACAAAGUCGAGGCUCGACACCUCAAGCUCCCCAUCUGCAAAACACCCCGACGAAACUGCCACACAAGACUCUGCCAUGAAGAUAGACACACAUCCUUCUACCCCGCAAACACCAGAGCGGCAGUCGACUGCUCGAGAGCCUCCGACCGAACCCUCUUCUAGCCGGGUCACGAUUAACCUGCGCAACAUCGCCCCACCCGAUCCUCUCUCCUCCUCCCCCGUCUCACCGACACCUCGGACCCUGCCAGACCAGCCAACUGGACCUUCAGAAGGUGUGAAGAAGAGUGUUGAAGAGUUGGACGAAGUCGACAUGGCGCAAGCUCCCAUCGAGAUCACAGACACCCCGCCUUCUUCCUCGUCAAGUCCACAAAGCCCCGAGGUCGAGGUGGUUGCAAUAACCGACGAUGAUCAGGAUGCUCCGUACGACGAAGAUGUCAGCAUCAUUCGCGAGGAUGCCACAUCGUUCGACCCGACCCCCGAAUUUCCGUACCAUGAGGCCCAUGAGUCACUGCCAGAGACUGUUGCAAAGCUAGUUAACUACCUCAGUUCUCAAGCGCCUCCGGACGAAGCUGUAUUAGAGUCUCUGUGUGCUUGGAUGGUCUCGUACGUCAAAUACGUUGGCGUCGUUGGUGGUAGGGUUGCCUACGAGUCUCAAGUGGCUUAUUAUACCUUUUGGCACAUGUUCCCUGAAAUCGCCUGGGCGCUGUCAACCAGAAAGCAUCCGAUUCCAUUGGAGAGCCGGCAGACCAUUGGCCAGUUCUUUCACGCGUAUUCCAUGUUGACGGCCCAUUUUGUCGAAUUCGAUUUCCUCACGGCUCAGGCUUUCCAGACAUCUCCGGGCGAUGAACGGCGUCAACCAGAAUUUCUUCUCUUCCGCUAUUUGCAGCCCCUGACGUCGUUCGCUAAGAGAGAACACGGCAGGACCCAGAAUGGUCAAAUACCCGACGAAGAGCUGCUGAGCACCGACAUGCUGAAUACGUUUCAGGCCGGAAUUGGUGGCAUCAAAGGAUUGAUCAAGCUAGCUCAGAUGCACUUGAGCAAUACGGCGAAAUACCAGCAUUUGAUGGACGUACUCGCACCGAUCUGCGGCGUCGCUGCGCAUAUUCUUCAAAAAGUUGUUCAGGGCAUCCACCCGGAAGCUUCUCCUCAGAGCCUGGAGGCUGCGAAAGUUCGAGUAGCGGACGGCCAUCUGCUGUAUAACCUAGCUUCCAGUGCCUUGUCCACAACUAUCGAAAACAAGGUUACUCAGCUAUCAAACGAUACAACCUCAGGUCUUGUCCAAUCGCUUUCCGAGCUUCUCAAAAUCUGCUUGAGUGGAGAACACAGGCUGGCCACAGAGCGUCUCAAAGCGUAUCAGCAAAAGCAUCCUGAGUUGCCUCCCAAAUUUAUCCCAGAGGCCAUCUCGCUGGAAUGGCGGCUCGGAAUAUACGGAAAGCUCAUCACGUCGAGUCAAAUGCAGUUACGCGUCCUGGCAGCGUCUAACAUGUGUCAUGAUCUGGUCACUUGCUGGAAGAGAUACAAUGACAAUGAGGAUGAAGAGUGCAAGCAGUUCUUGAACUACGUGGCGGAGUACCUCCUGCGGACCAGAUUGGUCGACUAUAUCUUGGGACCAACGUGCCAUCCUGAGAUCACAGUCGAGAGCGGUAAUAUCGUUGGUUUCUUGGUGGUUACGCGGCUGUACCGCAGCGAGCAAACUGAUCUGCUUUGGCAAACCAUCACGACUACUCAAGACCCGCGAGUUUCAGAGGCAUUGAUUCGCAUGACAACGGGUAUUGCCAACUUGUUCCAUAAGGAGGAGCUACAUUAUCUCUGCGAGAAGCUGCGAACCUUGCCUAUUGAGAAUUUCACACCAUCUGUACGGGGACUUUGCGACCAAAGUCUGAAGGCCCUUCAGAACAAAUCCCAGUUCGCGGGCGAGUCGCAGAGCGUGCUGCCGUUGAGCAUCUGCAUCCGGCUUUUACGAGAGUCCUCUAUUUAUGUGUCGGAUUCGGUUGUUGCUCACCCAGACGUUCAUCAUUUCGCCAUGAACAAAUUCAGAGAGCUCGUAAGGGAUGGUAUCGAACCCGAAGUACGGAAAGAAAUCUACCUCGACUGCAUCAAAGACAUCACUGCAAAAACACCUACGACAUUGGGGACUCUGUCGUGCCUCUCAAUGGCAUUGCGGCCUCCCGUGGCCUCCGAGCUACGAACCCUGACGACAGAGCAUAACUUGACUUCGUUGCUCGUUGAUGAGCUUGGCCAUGCAAUAGAGCAAGGAAAGCAGAAUGGCAUCAGAAAAAUUCUCGGCGGAGUGAUCAACUACCCGCGCAGGGAUCUCAUUGCAAACAUCUUGGCUCAUGAGCCGUCAACAGUCACUUCAGACCUGGGUCCACGCCUAUGGGAUAUGCUUGUGGGCCAUGGUGCGGCCAGUCAAGACGAUCGGGAUGAUGGCUGGAAGAUCCUGAACUCCGUCCCCAAAACAGCAUUUGGUAAUCCUUUCCUAUCAGUUUGCUUCAGCGACUAUUUACCAAAUCUUCCCCGCGAUUGUUUUUGCGGAGGAGCAUUGGAAUUCGUCAGAAACGCGGUCCUCCCCCGCGUCAACGAUAUCAAUGAUAUCAUACUGGACGACGUCGAGAGUCUCGCGCAGAGCGGAGUCGAACAGCUUUGGCGGAUGAUUCUUGAUGCUGAAGAUGGUGUAAUGGUGGCCAAGGACAUGGCGUUCGUGGAUGCCGCGAUCCAGACGCUCGUGAGUGACAUCUAUGUCGAUAGCCUCGUGAACCGAUGCCUCGAGCAGAUGCUAGACGCUGCGAAGCGGUUGGAGGCUUUCGACGGUAGCAAGCCUAGUGACGAUGAUGAGUCCAUGGCUAUCAUCUCAACCGAGAAGCAGACUCAGGAGCAAGAGCGAACUUUUAGCCGAUCCCUUGCGGUUCUCCGGCAUUUCAUGAAAGCGCACCAAGCCAAGGCCCACUUCUCCGCUCCCGAUUUGCGCGCCUUGACGCCUGGCUCACCCAGCAUAGCCGAAGGAGAGUCAGCUGAGCUCAAAGUCCAGUCCUUCGAUGGCGACAAGCAGACAGACAUUGUCCCUCUCGAAGUCGGACGGCAGAAUACAGCUGCCUCUCUCUUAGCGAGUAUCAGGCAAGCAACUGGCUUCGAUAACUACCGAAUCUACUACCGCGGCCGCCCAUUUGCACCCAACGAAAACGACGUAUGUCGGUCUCUCGAAGACUUGAAGAUUCACGACGGUCUCAUGCUAGUCAAGCGGGAGGAGACAGGUAUAGCCAUGGCGUCUAGAAUCAAGCCAGGUGCCUCUCUCUUGGAAAUAGAAAUCCUGGGCCACUUUGAGCAGCUUUGGGACUAUCUGAGUAUGACAGAGGCCAUUGCCACAGAGAUGCACACCUUUCUCACCGGAUUGCCCGCCGAUACACACAUGUUAGCCACCUUCGAUUCGCCAGAUACCUCAUAUCGGCAAGUCUUCCCAUCGGGUCAGCCAUUCAAGUCGCUGUAUGCCCUUUACGCCAUGACGGAGUACAUAGGGUCUGCUGUCCGUAAACUGAAUGAGGAUACGAUGGUAAUUACCGAUGCCGUCGAUUCAGAUAUCGACGCGUAUCUGGACGCGCUUGUUAGGGUGAGGGCGCUGAUUGUGGCCGCCAUCUCCGAUCGCGGAAUUCUGGGCGACUGUGCCUCUGAAGCUCUGCAAAAUCGUCUGACCUACAACUUGAUGAAUGUCUACGGACUGACUUUUAGAGACCCCGAAGUCGACGAGCUUGAUGUACGGCCGAAGCCAGUGGCUAUGGCGCCUGCAGACCGCCUAGUCGAGAUUCUCCGGUCAGCGGUGUCUACUCCUAGCCACAAAGCCAAAGUUUCUCUAAUUGCAUCGACCUUUUCGGCCAUUCUUCGAAGCGCGGCUGUUGACUCUGCUUUCUGGGCUUCUCUAAAGGCGUUGCCUAAUCUCGAAGAAUUGAUGGGCAUCUUACUCCUCGAUGAACCGUCAGAUGCGAUCCGUACAAAUAUUGCCAAGCUGUUGGAGGAAAGAGUGAUCACGCCUUGCGAGUACGUGUCACAUAACGAGGAGUUCCUCCCACGCUCUGACACAAUUGACAGGUCCAACAUGAACACCCACUCUUUCUGCGCAUUUCUGUGGCCAAUGUUGCACCGACUGAUACCGAGAGCCGCAAAAUCCCCAAAGCAAUGUCAACAGGUGUUUGAACUGUCACUUGCCCUCCUACGUGAGAUGGCAUUCGAUGAAGCUGCCGUUGUGGACAUGCCCGUCUUGGCCAGAGAUUGCGGCAGGCUCUUGCUCGAGCACGACUCUUCCGAGGUUGGUAACAGUGCCAGUUUCUACAUGAAUCAAUUUGCUGACCAUUUCAAGCAAUUCGGGCAAGCCGGAAUUGAAGAUGCUGUGGCGAACGGCCUGGUGAAGCUCUUCCAAAGCUGCCUUGACGAGCGAUCGGACGUGGACCUAGAAAGCGGCCUCCCAGCAAACCUUGGCCGAAAGCUGUUCUGGAAACAUUUGUUUCCUCCCCCACGGCAACACGGCCUGAGUUCGAGCCGAUGUAGUCUCCUGUCAACUGAUACCAGAAGAAUUCUUGCCGAGAUCAUCUUCGACCUAGUACGAGAGCAAGACCGCGAGUUCCACGCUUUGCUUGAAGACCUUGAAAGCCUAGUUCCUUUCGAUGAGUUCGAUAACGGUUUGUCCACCCAUCCCUUCACCACUGAGGCACGCGACUUAUGCGGAAGGACAGAUCCGUAUCUCUACGAAUUGCAGCCUUCAUUCGACAGAAUGUCUGCGGUGAGGGCUCCUUGUGGUUAUGCAGGCCUCCGCAAUUUGUCCAACACUUGCUAUCUGAACUCGCUCUUCACGCAACUCUUCAUGAACACCGGUUUCCGUCAAUUCAUGAUGAACGCUCGCGUGCCAGGCCAAGCCAGCACCCACGGUCUGCUCAGAGAAACCCGCAAACUCUUCGCUUUCAUGCAGGAGAGCUCUCGGAAAUUCAUCGACCCUAGCCUGCUUGUCGGGUCUAUCAAGACGUACGAGGAGACUGUCAUCGAUGUCCACAAUCAAAUGGAUGUCGAUGAGUUCUAUAAUUUGCUUUUCGAUCGCUGGGAAGGACAGCUUUCGACCGCAGAAGACAGGAAAGCGUUGAGAUCUUUUUAUGGCGGCCAGCUCGUGCAGCAAGUCGCCUCCAAGGAAUGCGAACACAUUUCUGAGCGACUAGAGCCCUUUUCGGCCAUCCAGUGCGACAUCAAGGGCAAAAGCACACUCCAGGAUAGUCUCCAGGCUUAUGUCGACGGUGAGAUUAUGGAAGGAGACAACAAGUACAAGUGCUCGAGCUGCGACCGGCAUGUGGACGCAGUGAAGAGGGCUUGCUUGAAGGACAUUCCUGAUAAUCUGAUCUUCCAUCUGAAACGGUUCGAUUUCAACCUGCGGACUCUUAUGAGAAGCAAGAUCAACGACCACUUUUCAUUCCCCACCAAAAUCGACAUGCGGCCGUACACCAUUGACCAUCUUGGCUCUCCCUCUGACUCUGGCGAAGAAGACAUAUUCGAGCUAGUCGGCGUGCUCGUUCACGCUGGUACGGCAGAAUCCGGCCAUUAUUACUCAUACAUCCGGGAGAGACCAACUAUGGCCACCUCGGAGGCGUGGUUCGAGUUCAACGACGAUCUGGUGUCGCCCUGGGAUCCAGCCAAGAUGGAAGAGUCGACUUUUGGUGGCACGGAUGGGUCUGUGGACACUGGGCUAGCCUACGACAAGACGUACAGCGCAUACAUGCUCUUUUACCAACGGUCUUCGGUCUUGAAAGCAGAGCAGGAGAAGUUGCAGAGCCAAUCUGUCCCGACUCCAUUAAAGGUCGAGGUCCCGCCCGAGGUUGCCGACCAUAUCAUUGGCGAGAAUACAGUGCUACUACGACGACACUGUCUCUACGAUCCAAGCCACUCAAAAUUUGUUCUCCGGAUGUUCCAACAUGCCAUGGUUCGAAACGGUGGAAACUGUUCUGACGCGCACAUCGUUGAGCAGCGUGCGAUGCACAUGUUUCUUGGCCACCUUGACCAAGUUGUAUCCCGGACCAAAGACCUCCCCGACUUUGAAGAAUACCGAGACGAAAUUGAGCAUGCCGUCGUCAAUUGUGCUAAGUGCGCCAUGGAUUUCUUCGAUUACUUCCAGGAGAGGCACGAGGCAUUCCGGCAACUUUUGCAAAGAAACCCGGACUGCGCCAUCAGAUACUCAAUCGGCAGUCUGUUCAUUACAGCUCUGCGGCAGAUCAAAAUCUCCAAGCCAGAGGUGUGGGGGUUGUCACAGGACGACCUGGUCGAAGAUCCUGUCAUCAUGCAGUGCGUUCAGCUGCUCGAGGCGCUGUGGAACAAUUUCCACGCUAAUAUCCGGUCAUGGCCUGAAGUUUUCCAAACCAUUUUGGCCUUCGCGCAAAUGGGCCCAUUGGAGACUGCUGUGCUCAUGGCGGAAACCUGGUUCUACAGGGUCCUACGCAUUGUCAUUGCUGAUGCCAACAUGGACCUUCCCAAUAACUACGCCCGAAUGCUAACAAAUGUCAUUCGUCGUAUCAGCAACACGCGCUCGACAUCGUACGAAAUGAUCAUCCAACUGAUUGACCACUUUAUGGAUGCUUUGGAGGACGUGAUUGACGUCCACACCAUUGUGGAAAGUGCCGAGAUGCGGUUAGACAUAUACAUGGAGCACCAGGCGCCGAAAAUGUGCUGGACACCUGAUGAGAUCAACGUCCUGACCCACGAGUGGAAAUACGACGCAGGCAGUACCUUUGUCAAAAAACUAAUCGACAUCGACCAAGAGCCAGCCUGCACAGCAUCGAUCAUCAAAAGGAUCAUUCACCUGAACCACGAGAUGGACGACAAAGUCUUCAUACUCCUCAAAAAUACGAUAACUGGUGGCGUGGUCCAGUAUUCGAACACGCCCUACAUCAGAGCAGCUGCAGUGUUCUCCGACGAGAGCAGGAAUACAGCCAAUGUCCAGACCCUCUUUCGCUCCAUAGCUUUUCAGUGCAGGGCACUGCAGAACACGGACGGGAAGGCCUUUCUGGAUUUUUUCCGACUUGCUUUCAUCAGCCUGCAGAACGAAACAGAGGAGAUUAGGGCCAUGCGGUAUCCUCAAUACGUCGAAACUAUCCCCACAUGGGCACCUCCUCUACUGGGCUACUACGAUGCAGACGUGCGACAGGGUACGGAAGGACUCCUCUACAUGUGGUUCGAAAACCAUGAAUUGGUCGAAGACGAAGACGAGGGCUUGGCUAUUUCUGUGAACGCAACGGUACGGAAGCUUGCUAUGAACUGCCUCCUAUAUCUUCAAGAAUACUUUGUCAAGCGGCGUGCUCAGGUGGCAAAGCAUUCCACUGAACAUCUGCAAGCCAUCAUUGCCAAGUGUGAACCCUUCUUUGGCGUCGACUUGGGACUCGACAAUGAUCGACUCAUUACCUAUGGAGAAUUCCAAAACCUCUAUCACUCUGUGGUCGAGCCAUUGCGCCGCAUGACGGUCGAAGAAUUGGAGGAUGAGGGUUCCGACUGGGAGAACUCGUGUGUAUCCUCUGAGCAGCUGGAAAGCAUUGCAGACAUCAACAUGCAGGCGGCUGGCGACCUACCAGAGUCGGCCCUCCAGUGA